AUGGCUCUCAGUCCAAAUCCUCAGCUGAGAGGGAUCAUCACUCGCCUGUACUGUCAGCUGGGGUUUUACCUACAGCUGGUUCCCGGUGGAACGUUGGACGGCACCAAGGACGAGAUGAGCAUCUUUGCUCUCUUUAAUCUAAUACCUGUCGGAUUAAGAGUAGUGGCGAUUCAGGGAGUGAAAACCAGUCUGUACGUUGCCAUGAACUGUGACGGAUACCUCUACACCUCGGAACACUUCACACCCGAAUGUAAGUUCAAGGAGUCGGUGUUUGAAAAUUACUACGUGACAUAUUCCUCGGUCCUGUACCGACAGCGGGAAUCCGGUCGCUCCUGGUACCUUGGCAUCAACAAGGAAGGGGACACCAUGAAGGGUAACCGGGUGAAGAAAACCAAGAGAGCUGCUCAUUUUCUGCCCAAGCUCAUUGAAGCUGCUCUGUACCAGGAGCCAUCGCUACACGAGCUUUCCCAGGAAACCCCCGACGUCAAGAAGGCAGUGAAGAUCGGAGACGUGGCUGCCAACUCGGGCGAGGGGAAGGGGGGACCCCCAAAAACCCAAACGUAG